AUGGGAACCCAUGGAAAUUUUAGCUCUCAGAUAACUUUGACUGAGGUCUCAGACCUUAAAAUUCCUGUUGGGCUUAAAGCUUGUUCACAAUUCUUGUUGGAAAGGCCAGGAUUAUUUCAAUGUGUAACUGGUACAAAAUGUAUUAAGGAUCGGUAUCGCUGUGAUGGUGUGCACCAGUGCCCUGAUGGAUCUGAUGAGCAAAAUUGCUGGAACCCUUCAGAAAGCUGUGCCAUGCGUUGUGAUAGGAACACUCGUUGUGUCCCUCAGAGCUCUGUAUGUGAUGGAAAACUAGACUGCUUUGAUGAGACAGAUGAGCAAGGCUGUGGUCCUAAAACGUGUAGCAGUGGCAAAUUCCAAUGUACAAAUGGACAGUGCGUGCCAUAUAGCAUGCACUGUGAUGGAGACAAUGAUUGUGAAGAUCACUCAGAUGAAGUAAACUGCACAAUCUCUAAACCUGUGCACUGCCAGAAUGGGGAUUUUAGGUGUCAAAGUGGUGAAUGUAUCUUGAAAGAAUGGAAGUGUGAUGAUGCCAAAGACUGUAAGGAUGGAAGUGAUGAAAAGGACUGUAACCUGGAGAAGGUGUCUUGUGAAACGGCACAAUGGGCUUGUGCUAGUGAAGAUCAAUGUAUCCCAUCUUUCUGGAAAUGUGAUGGAAAAAAGGACUGUAGAGAUGGCAGUGAUGAAUAUGGAUGUAAAGCGGAUGUCUUUCAAGCAACAGGUAAACCCAAAAAGUGUAACGAUCGCAUGUACCAGUGUGCCAACUUUGAAUGCAUUCCUACUGAUGUAGUUUGUAAUGGAAAACAUGACUGCUCAGAUGGUUCAGAUGAAGGCGGAAAAUGUCAAGUGCCAUGUGAAGAAGACUGCUCCCUUGCCUGCUAUAGAUCUCCACUUGGUCCAAAGUGUAUAUGUGAUAACGGCUUUAAGUUGAGUGUCAACAGUAGUAUAUGCAUUGACAUAAAUGAGUGCAAAGAACUUGAUCCAUCACCAUGCAGCCAGUCUUGCAUCAACCUCAAUGGCACAUUCAACUGCACUUGUUAUCCAGGUUAUGUUCUGCAGUCAGACGGUCACCAAUGUAGAGUUGCAGGUAUAGAACCAGUUUUACUGGUAGCAGUUAAAUUUGAUCUUCUGUUAUACAAGUUGCGUUCAAUGGAAGAGGAGAUCCUUAUGUCCACAGAUAAAAACUCAAUGAUCUUUUCUGUGGAUUAUGACAUAAUGGAACAGAAAGUUUAUUGGAUGGACCUUAAUUCAGAGAGCAUUAAGUGGAUAACUAUGGGCACAAAAACAAAAGGAACUCUAGUUAAAGGAAUUAAGUCUGAUUGCAUAGCUGUUGACUGGGUUGGGCGCAACCUAUACUGGACAGAUGGAAUAGCUGGUCAGAUCAUUGCAACAGCUCUAAAUGCUUCUUGGAAAGGCUUUCCUGAAUACACAGUCAUACUGGAUGAAGAUCUGGAUCAACCACGUUCUUUGGUUUUACAGCCACUUAGUGGACUUAUGUACUGGUGUGAAAUUGGCGUGCAGCCCCAAAUAGAGCGUGCUGGAAUGGAUGGCAGUCAUAGACUGGUUCUAAUUGCAGAACAACUUGGUUGGCCAACCGGAUUAGCACUUGAUCUGCUGAGUUUGAGAAUUUAUUGGUCUGAUGACAAAUUUCACUCCAUUGGUUCAGCCAGUUUGGAUGGGACUGAUAUUAAGGUGAUUGAAAUGAAAAACAUUCAAAGCCCCUUCGCCUUGACAGUGUUUGAGGAUGAGAUUUACUGGUCUGAAAUAAAGGCAAGGACUGUGCAAAAAAUAAGUAAGAAGACUGGUAAGAACUUCUCUGUUCUAAUAAAGCGGCAUGGACAACCAUAUGGACUGAAGGUAAUGCAUAAAGUUUUGCAACCAACAACUGACAAUCCUUGUCGAAAACUGAAGUGUUCUCAUAUGUGCCUGAUUGGUCCUGGAUUAAAUGCAAGCUGCUGGUGUCCCACUGGACUCGUGCUUUUAAGUGACUUGCAUAGUUGCGUUCUACUUAAGGAUUUGCCAUUUCUUUUAAUUGCAUUGUCAUCAUCUGUCAUUCAGGUUGAUUUGCAAAAACUUAAUUUGGUGGACCAGAAAGUUCCUACAAAGAAUGAGAUUGCAAGCCUGACUAAUGUUAACCAGAUCUCUUCUAUUGACUUCAUCAUGCAAGAUCGAACCCUUGUUUUUGCUGUUAAACAUGGUGGAUAUAUAGCCUCUACAAAAGUUAAAGAUUCUGUUUCAAAAGAUUGGAAAAAAGUUGUUCAUGUUGAUGACAGUGUUACUUCUGUUGCUGUGGACUGGAUACAGGAAGAGUUUGGUUUAGUAAAAUUGGCACAAGUGAAAAUAAAUAUUUUGAAAUGA